CAAGAAUAACCAGAAGAUCAGCAAUUUCACUCGGCCAACCCUACCAGCGUCGUCGCAAUUAUAAAUAACCUUGAGUGUUCUUUAUCUCUCUGAUUCUACUCAUAGCAUCCAAUGGUUUGAUGUUAAUGGUCUAUGAAACUCAACUGUGCAAGGUUAGUACCUAGGUAUAGUAUGUGAACUUGAUGAGCAUUUUCAGCUUGAAGUCAAAGUGGUUUACUCCGUAAGGGAGGCAAGAAUACUUGAGACCUUUACCCUCAAAAACAAAAACGACCAAUCCAAAACCCACCUAAUUUCAUACUAAACUUACCUGAAUCUUUUUACCACUUUAGAGUCGAGGUAUAAAAUUUUGGCUCCCCGAGUGUGAUCUAGGUAACCUACUGAAGGAGGUAUCUACCUAGUCAAUCAGCUGUCUCAAUUGUCACAAGCUGGCAACCACCUCAUGCUUGGGCUUUUCUUUGGUUACUAGAUAUGCGCUGACACAUCUUCUCAACAAAGUUUAGCCCCAGGGGGUUCAACAGCGGGAAGGAGCUUCCAUGACCACCCCCCGCCCCUCCCAAAAUCAUCUCAGGCCGAGGUCCCCAACUGUGAGACGGUACGUACCCAUCUAUCUAAUCUCGUCCAAUAAUUAUUUCCUGUUUGUUCUCAACGCCAUUGCAUCCUUUGAUAGGAUCUUGUUCCCCUCCUUUUUUGCCAAGUGGUUCAACUUUGAGUCGACGAUACAAACACGAUGGCUUCUCUUCGAUCUAUCUCGCUCACCAAUCGCUCUCCAAGGCAACCAAUCAAGAACCUUCCGGAGUCGAUUGAGGUCGACCCUGAUACCACUGUUGAAGGACUCAAGGUCUUGAUUGCCAAGGAAACCAAGCUCGGAGACUUCAAUCGCAUCGGAAUCUAUGAUCCUACCACGAAAAAGACUCUAAAGAACCGCAAGGCUCGCCUCGUCGAUGAGCCCGCUGUAGUUUCCACUGGUGAGGUUCUCGUAAAGGAUAUGGGAUAUCAAAUCGCUUGGAGAACCGUCUUCGUCGUCGAGUAUUUCGGACCCAUCAUCUUCCACGCCCUCGCCGUCGCUGCCCGCCCCUACAUCUACCGCAAUGGAGACGGCGAGAUGUCUCGAACCCAAUGGAUCACCUUUGCUAUGAUCAUGCUACACUUCUUCAAGCGCGAGUAUGAGACACUCUUUGUCCACAAGUUCUCUGCCAACACAAUGCCCUGGAAGAACAUCUUCAAGAACAGCUUCUUCUACUGGGCUGUCUCUGGUGUUCUCUGUGCAUACUCCAUUUACCACCCCAACUCGCUUGCAGCCAAGGCCGAAAUUCCUGCCAUUGAUGCCGUUGGUAUUGCUCUCUAUUGCUUUGGCGAGCUCAUGAAUGCCCUUGUUCACAGAUAUCUUUCGAGUCUGCGUUCUACUGGAGGCACUGAGCGCAAGAUUCCCGUUGGCUAUGGUUUCGGUAUUGUCACUUGCCCAAACUAUUUGUAUGAGGUGCUUGCCUGGAUCGGAGUUAUCCUUGUCAGCCGUGACUGGACCGUCGCUUUCUUUAUCUCUAUUGGUGCUGCACAGAUGAUUAGCUGGGCCAAGGGUAAGGAGCGUGCCUAUCGCAAAGAGUUCGGCGACAGGUACAAGAAGAAGAGAUACGCCAUCUUCCCUGGUCUUAUCUGAGAAGGAAUAUAUUUGCAGACAGCUAUUUCGGCAGGCAUAGAUAAGAAGACGCAUCAAUAUAGAAGCUAUCAGGGGCUACACUAUAGGUGACAAAAGGCGGUUCGGAUCGGAGUAGAUUUGGUGAAAACUCAGUAUUAGACUAUCAUGCUAUAGUAAUGUUCGAAUGGCUCUCAUAGAAUCAUAUACCGCGGAAGCCAGUUCCCUAGUCCUAUAAUAUACUCAGAAUGGUCGUGGCUCAUCACUCGCUCGGU